CGGGCACUACGCGUAUGUCGCGAGAUUCAGGUGAGAGCGCACCGUGAGCGUGACGAUUUUUAUAUUAAUUAAUCAGAGUCGUCGUUUCUGAUUGCAGUGGAAGUGUUUCUCUAUUGCGUUUGAUGUUUUAUGGUUUACAAGUGCGAUUCGAAGACAGUGGUGAAUUGUGUUCCAGGAUUUUGAAGUGCAGAGGACCCGAGUCAAAAUGUCGCGUGAAAUAGACGCCAGCAUGGAGGAUUCGGAACAAGUGGAGGUUAAGGAAGAGCAUGGUGACGGCGAGGAGGAAAAUGAAGAGAAUUAUCAAGAAGGUGAUGAAGGCAAUGAUGAGGAAGGAGAUGAAGAAGGUGAUGAAGAACAAGCGGAAGGAGAGGAUGAAGGUGGUGAAGAAGAUGCCGAUGAUCAUGAAAUUGAAGAUGACGAAGGCGAAGGUGACGGUAACGAAGAAGAAGAUGGUGGAGAUGCGGAAGAUGCAGAUAAAAAAUUUCCAGAUCCACUUGAAAACAUUGGAAAUUUUGAUGCUAUCGACGACCCAGAAAUAAAAACUCUCAUGGAAAAAACUUCCUUAAAAUUGUAUGAUGGAAGCAAGGGGUUGAUUUUAUCUCGUGGUCCGAAGUAUAGCAACGAAAAAUGGCCUAUAAAUUGCCAUAUCUGCUAUGAAUCAGGAAUUUAUACUUUGAAAGAUUUAAAGGAUCAUUUAAAGAGUACAAGGCAUGUAAGGAUGAUGAGAUGGCGCCCUACCGAUCCGAAAUACAAGCAUAUGAAAGCAUUCCGCCAACCAUUUGAUGAUGAAGACACGACACUCACUCCUAUUUUUAUCUAUCCUGGAGAAGUCAUAACAGAAAUAACCCCAAAUUUGAUUGACCGCAUUAUUAGCAAAGACAGCGUACCAGAACAAGACAUGGCUGAAAUGGUUGGCUUGUGCUACGCCUACAAAAUGAAGCGAUUUGGAAAGGAGAUCUUUGAUUGCGUACUGUGCCGGAAAGUAGUUUCUAUACUCCAUUUUGCUGGACAGAAGCAUAUAGAUCAGUACAUCGACAUUCAUUUUCCAAAAACCUGGAAAAAAUUACGAAAUAUGAUUAGAGACGGAACAUUAGGCUGGAGUACGCCCUUGAUGUCACAACAGCAAAAGCACAUCCGAGAGGUCAUUCGCGAAAUUUACAAGAAAAUUGAAGCAGAGAAGGGUCAAAGACAACCCAAGUUUGUAAAUUAUCGUGAUUUUAAAAUCAAUCGUUUCACUUACCAAAAGCAAGCCCGUAGCAAAAAACAUUAUGAUGAGAGAUCGAUAACAAUUACGGAUGAAAUGCUUACAGAAUAUUUGAAAAAAGCACAUGAAAAAUUGGGUGAUAUGAAAGUGAAACCUGAAGAGGACGAAGCUAAAAAAGCUGAGAGACCAAAAAGAUCGCUUCGAACAAGAGACAAAGGCAGAUUACCGGUAGAUACCAGGAAAUCGAAACGAUCAUCGAGAGUAAUUGAAGAUGAUCCGAAAGUUUGGGAUCGAUAUCGACGUAUGAUUGGUGCGAUAUUGGACGAUUUGGAAGAUUUAUACAGCAAGGAAUAUCGCAGGGAUUUGGAAAGUCAUCCGAAAUAUAAGAGUGAAUGGAAGAAAUUCUGGCAUAAUCGAGCCGAUGAAUUGGAGAGAGAUGGAAUUGACCCCCAUACUUAUGACUUUAAUAAAGAGUGGAUUCCAUACUGGGAGAAGCGUCUGCAAGAGUUCCAUGCUAAAGAAAUCGUUCGCCAAAAAUUUGAAACAAAGAGGAAACUGAAGUUGUCAUAUGACGCCCGGUCACCAAGUCCAGUUCGGCGCCGAAGACGUUCACGAUCGCCGCCUCGUAGAAGGUCGCCUUCCCCUCGAUCACGCCAACCAAGGGCCAGGUCUCGUAGUUAUGAUGGACCACCGAUACCAAAGAGGUCCCGUCACAUUGAUUCCGAUGAGUCGAUAACAGUUUGCAGUGUUAUGCGCCUUCUUACUGCCCUUGAAGAUCACUUAGGCAGUUUAGGACCGCAAGCAGUACAACUAUUGAGUCGAGCUGUUCUCACGGAAAAGAGUAAUCCAAAUUCGUAUACUUUGCUGAUGGAAAAUGAAUAUUAUGUAUUCCUCAUGACUGCGAAGGAAAAACUCAAAGGUCGAUUAAUUGCUAAUCUCGUAGAGAAGCGCAAAAUUCCUGCGGUCCUUGAAGCGGUUGACCAAAUUGGAUCAAUUGUACGCCGUUUCGAAAAAUUCAGAGCACAGAACAGCGGCCGUAGCCACUUUGUUGCAUCAGGCACAGGUGGUGGGAAUAAUCAGUAUAAUGACAACAAUCAGAUUCAGAACACUAAUCGAUAUCCAAAUCAGUUCAGCGGUGGAAAUCGAGGUGGCGUUUGGCACAGUGGAAACUAUCGAAAUGAGAACAUUGGAGCAAAUCAAACAAUGGCAUCAAAUCAAAGUUUCAAUCGGCCAGCGGUCUCUGGCAACUAUGGUGGAGGAGGUGACGGUGGCGACGGAUUUUCUAAUCAGAAUAGUGGAAAUGACUAUUCUAACCGUGGAGGAGGUACUAUGAAUGCUCCGCCAGUUGGUGGUGUUAAUAAUCGCCAAAUGAGUGGAGGAGGUCCUUCUCAUUACGGAAGGGUGGAUAUCGACAGUGGAAGUGGUAUGUCAUAUGGAUCAAACACUGGUGGCAAUUACAGUGGCAUGAGUGGGAGCGGCUCAGCAUCGAAUCAAGAUAACAACACCUACCGUCGCAACUUCAGCGGAAAUGAAGGGUUCACUAACGCUGGCUUCAAUAACGCUUCCUUCAGAGCAGAGAAUCAGAGAGAUACAACCGGAAGCGUUGGCCAAAAUCCCCCAAGUUUUGGAGCUAAUCGAGGCCGUGGUAACAUUGGUGGUAUUUCAAAUAAAGGGGAUAUGCAAAUGGGAAAUACCAUGGGCCCGAGUAGAAAUGCCAUGCAGAUGGGGGGCGGCCAAAACAGACAAGGUGGCGGGAAUGGAAUGGAUUACAACGAUGUUCUGAACAACAGGGGAAGCGGUAGUCAGUUAGCUUUCAAUAGAGGAGCUCAAAACAGAUCCGACAACCAGAUGGAUAAUGCGGCACAGUCGUCAUUUGGAAGUGGAUCUGGGGGCGUACGACCUUGGUCAUCUGGAUAUAAUCAAUCAGCUAAUUAUAAAAAUGCAAGUGGAGGGGUUUCGGGUCGGAGCCAAUUCAAUAGCGGAUCUGAUUAUUCCAAAAAUUCAUCAGACAUGUCAGGUAGCGGCAAUUUUGGCAGUGGAAUGCCAAUGGUAAGUGGUGGCAAUAAUUGGAGCUCAAAUGAUUUCGGAAAUAGCGGUUCCAAUCAAGGAUUCAACAAUCGAUCCAAUCAAAUGAAUCCAGCACAGUUUAACCGAAAUAUGCAUACUGGCAACAGAUAUUAGAAUAUUACUUGAAAUUCAAGAAUUCCAUUCUUACAUAGUUUUACUACAGACAUAUAUAUAUAAGGUUUACUUUGUGCUGGAAAAUAAUAAUUUUAAUUUUAACAGAAAUCUAAAUAAAGAAGAUACCGCAGACAUAGAAAUAUCUAAA